UCAAUGAAACAUAAACACACAAUCACAUUCAUUUCCUGGUCUGUGUUGUGAGUGUUGUGUCUGCAAACAUCACCUGUUGAUAUUGGAACAAUUUGUGUUUAUUACCUCAAAUUUAUUCAAGUUUUUAAUGUUAUCCCUCCGUUAUCCCAAUUAAAAUUCUUAUAAUUUAAUAAAAAUAUGAAAGUGUUAUGGACAAACUGAAGAGGAAGAGAAACAGUAAACCUGAAGAGCAUUCUCUAAGUAGCUGGUCCAGAACAGGAAGCUUCAUGAAUAAACCUGAAAUGGGGUGGAUUCACCCUGACGAUCAACUUUUACCAGAUGCUGGAAUAUGCUAUGGUGUGCGGUAUAUUGGAUGUUUGGAAAUAAAAGAAUCUAUGAAGUCAUUAGACUUUGAAACAAGAACCACCAUAGCAAGAGAGUCAAUAAACAGAGUUGCUGAAGCUGCAGGCUUAAAAACAGCUUCCAAGAGAAAAAAGAUUGAUCGAAAACUGGCAAAAAUGUUGGGUGAUAACCCACACAUGCAAUAUGCAGGAGCCAAUGUUAAUUUGACAAUAACAACAGAUAGCAUUAUUUUAAUGAUUAUGGAAUCAGGGGAGAUCAUAGGUGAUCACCCAUUACAUGUUGUCUCGUUUGCUUCAGGUGGUGAUGUGGACACCCUUGACUUUGUGUCAUAUGUUGCCAAGGAUCCAAACUACGGCCGUGCCUGUCAUGUUUUAGAAUGUGGAGGUGGGCUGGCAGAAGAUGUUGUCACAACUAUAGGCCAGGCUUUUGAGCUGCGUUUUAAACAGUAUUUGAAGAAACAACCUAAAGCCCUUCAGUUGCCUGAUUGGAGGGACAAUCCUGGGUUUGAAGAUGAAAAGUGGGGUGACAAAGAAGAUUAUUAUAAUGACAAUCCUGAUGCCAGACCACCAGAAGCAUCAGGUGGGACACCAGUUGUUCCCCCUCGUCCAGAGUAUAAUACACCCAACAAUAAACCUAAAAGUGAUGGGAAAGAUGCAUCACUCCAAUCAGGUAAAUUAGACGGUGAAUUAAAAAGCAGUGAUGUCAACCAUGAAGCAAGCAUCAAAUCAUCUGACAAUGAAAGUAGCAAGAGAACUAUUGAUGCCUUUGAUAUGGAACCAUUCAGUGUGGAGUUGCCACCUUUAUCAGAUUCUGCUAAAAAAACAACAGAGGCUGAGAAAGAUCUGCGUGAAAAUAAAUCUGCUGCAUCUUCUGAAGCACUAGAGCCAACAUUUGAAGAAUGGUACCAUGGUGACAUACCUCGCAAGCAAGCAGAAGUGCUUUUAGAAUUUGAUGGGGACUUUUUAGUGAGGAAAAGCACAAACAGUCCUGGCCAAUUUGUACUCAGUGGAAAACAAAAUGGCAGCCCAAGACAUCUUCUUCUAGUGGAUCCUGAAGGAAUUGUCAGAACAAGAGAUUUUAUUUUUGACAGUGUGAGUCACCUUAUCAAUUAUCACAGACAAAAUCAACUCCCUAUUGUUACUCAGGGUAGCGAACUAAAACUAACUAGACCAGUGAAGGCCUGUAUUUCUAUUUAAAUGCUUUUAAAAUGUGACUUAUAAUAAAUCAUUUAUCAUUCACAACCAAUUUGUUACUUUACUGUAAAUAAACAAUGUUAAGUAGGUAUAUAAUUUUGGCUGUGGAAGCCAUUUUUACAAGGCUGUAGAUGUUAAUCACUGUUGUUUUAAUGCAUAGUCAAUGUGAUUGAACUUACAUAAUGCGUUUGUAAACAGAUAUACAGAACCAAGUUGUAUCUAUUCUUGUAUUUCCCUAUGUUGUUAGCUUAUUUGAGCUUUUGAUCAUUGAUGUACAGUGAAAUUAUUUGUAUGCAUUACCUUAAUUUUGUGCAAUACUGCAACAAAAUUUUUUUGUUUGUUUUUAUCAUUAAAGAGCCAGCACAUUUUAAAAUUAUUAUUAAUAAUUAUUGUGUUGUCUUCAGGUAUUGAAAGAGAUAUAUUCUUUUAAUAUUUCUUAUAAAUGCUCUUUUACAAUAUUUGUAUUAUGUUAAUUCCAGUUAAAUAAACAUUUUAAUGACACUUUAAGAUUUAAAAAUUAUUUUCAAUUUUACUAUACUUUAUAAAUCUAAAUCAAAAUUAAGAUUCUGCUCAAGUCUUGCUAUUUGAUCCAUUCAGUUUGUGUACAUAGAUAAUACAUAACCUUAAGUUUUCUUGAAGUCCAAAGUUUUAAAAAUUCUAUUACUGAAUUUAAAAUAAUGGAAGCAUCAUUUUUAGAUAUCUACCUAAAUCAUUCAAAUACAUAAUUACACUUAAUUAUGUUUAGAAUAUUUGUGUGGUUCUUAACCUGCUCAUAAUCCCUUUGCUUAUUAGCAAAGGGAACAACUAUUUCCAUUAACAUUAAACCUAAAGUAUUUACAAAGUAUUUCUUUAAAAAGCCAUUUUAAAAUAUUUAUCCCUUAAAAUUUAAGUUAAAAAAAUAGAUAUGUGUCUUUUGUCCAUCACAAAAUUAUGGCAGUAUCAAUAAUUCUCUUCUUAGUUUAUGAUGUUGGCAUAAUUUUAUCAGAUCAUUGAAUAUUUAAAAAGGCUUAGAUGUCUAGUUCCAAUGUUUUUUAUCUCCUCAGUUUAUGUAAAAUUCUAAUUUACCAAAUGAGUAUAAUAAAUAUUACUAAUUAUCUUAUUUUCUUUACAAUUGACCAAAAUUUUUUUUCUCUUUAUUGUUGUAGCCUUUUGUCUGUUAGCUUUUAUUAAAAUCUAUUACUUUAAAUCUUACUUAAAGAUGAUAAACAUAAAUAUUUUAUAAUGUAUGUGCAUUUUAGUUGGGCUUUUUUUAAAAACUGUUUUCAGAACUUGCAACAAAAACAUUUGUUUCUGUUUUAAUACAUUUUCAAUUUUAUAAUAGUAAGAUCUUUUGUACACUUAUUGAUUACUAUUAAGUAAUUUUGUGCAUACACAAAAGGAAAACAAAUCAUUUUACACUUUUACAUUGCCAAUUAUUUGAAGUUGAUUUUAAUAUAGUUUUUAUGUUAUUACAUAUACAUUUAUAUUGGUACUAUUAGUCUUUUUUUUACUUUUAAGUCUUCCAUGAUUUCUUGGUUUAGAUUGUUUUAUUAUUUAGGUUAAACCUCUUUAAAACUCAUUAAAUGUAGGCCUACAUUUUUUAUACUAUUACUAAUAACUUAGUUGUGAUUGUAUUACUAAAACAGUAAUAAUAAUUUCAGUAUCAAUUUAUAUUUAAAAAGGUUUCUCUUCCUUAUAAGUUCUCUUUAUAAAACUCAAGAAAUAGUUUGCCUAAUUUCAAAACUUUCAAUGAGUAGCCUAUUACUUAAUAGCUUUAUACAUGUAAGAUCUAGUCAUUCAAUGUUGACACCGGUUUAGUACAUAAUUUGAACAAUUAACUAUGUGUAGUUUUAUCUUCAAAUUUAGUUACCAGUCAAGUAGAAGCCAUUAUUACAAUAUACAUGGGAGAUAUUUUGUAACUUAAGUUAAUUAAACAACUAGAAAAAAAAUAGGCCUACUUGAUGUUUACUUGCAUAGUAAAAUCUGCUACAUAUAAAUUAUAAUGGCAAAUAUUUGCUAAGUUCAUGCAGUAUUUAGUCUCAAUACCUUAUCAAUUCCCAAAUAUGGUCUUAAACACAGUUUUUACUACAGUAUAUAUAUCUAAUAAUUUUUUUUUCCAAAGUCUAACAAUAAACUUAUGUUUCACAAAUAUUACUGUUUCAGUCUAUUCAUUUUGUACUACACUGACAAUGUGGAAAUAGUUGAAAAUUCAUGUUCACGAUAAUUAGAGUAUUAUUAUACCAUAUUUUUUUAAAACCAGCGGUAAGGAUAAUUUCAAAUAUAUAUUUAUAUAUAUCAUUUGUUAUAUCAUCAGACAUUAGUAGUAGGCACAACAGU